UUGUCAAGGGCUGUUGCCCAUUUGAAGAAUAUUUCUCUGGAAAGACGGAUGGACUGGAAGAUCAUGUCUAUCAGCAGAUCUUUCACUAAUAAGUAGUAGAUUUGUGUCACUGCUUCAAGGGAAACCUGAGGAUCAGCGCCCAGAAAGUGCUAGGUGUCACCACUCUGCCAGGUUUUCCUGAUGAGAUGGGAAACCAAAGGUCACAGUGCUGAGGGAGUAUGGUACAAACCAGUAACAUCACCUUCCAGUCUGAAGCAUUUUGAGUUACUGUGCCGUGGAGACUUUGUAACAUUCCUGUUGGGCUGAGCCUGUGGGCCCAGAAUCACAAUUCUCAGUACUGGCAGCAUCUUGCAGCAAACGUGUUCUUGUGAGCAGUGUCAGCUCCGGGUUCUUGGAAGACUUUGCUCAAUGAAGCCUCAGCUUCCGGUGACAUGCAGCACACUUGCAGGAAGGCCUCAAGUGGGAGGUGUCCCUGGGAUGAGCCUGACCCUUAUCUUGGCAGCCAGCUGCAAGGGGAUUAUCCGGGAGCAGAGCUAUGCACACACUCUUGCACUGGCUGGACUGCCUCGAGACCUUUCUCUUGGGGUGUAAAGCCAGCAAGAAAACAAGGCUUGAACUACUCUGCUCUUGCGUCGCCAGUGGAGGACACCAAAUUCACCCAACUUUAGAAGCUCAUCCUCAGAACAAAACAACAAAAGACCUUGGCUGUGGUGUCAGUCCUGGAGUGUGUGGUGUCUGGUCUCCGCCUUAUCCAAUCUCACCAGGGAAGUGUUUGCAGGUGAAAAUGAACAGUGGAAUUCUCUUGUCCCUCCUUGGCUUCCUCCCACUUGUGACACCCAUAUGCCCUGUGCCAUGCAAGUGCACCACCACCAUUACUGACUGCUCACUGCAAAACCUGACUGUAGAAAACCUGCCCACUGCGUUCCGUCCCUCGGCUGAAAUCAUCCACCUCGGUUCCAACAGGCUCACCUCUAUUCCCAAUGGGCUCUUUGACAACCUGAGGAGCCUCCAGGUGGUCUACCUGCAGGGCAACCCUUGGGAAUGCACCUGUGACAUCCUCUACUUGCGCUCCUGGCUGCAGUGGCAGCAGAACCGGAGCCUGUACAGGGAUGUGAGGUGCAGCUCCCCGGAGCACCUGCAGGGCCGCAUCAUCGCCUACCUGACAGAAGAUGAGAUCGUCUCCACAUGCCAGCACUGGUACUGCAGCCUGGCUCUCCUCUCUCAGCUCUCACUCUUCAUCCUCCUUUUCCUCCAGGGCAUCUUGGUUAUCCUCAUCAUUGUCUACCUGCAGAAAUUUCGGAGAAUGACAGCUGAAGCCCGGAGCACCACCCGAGAACUAGACCAGCAGGUAGACCCUUGGGUAUCUUCUUCAAUAAACCCCUCCAGCAAUAAUUAACAUCACGAGACAGAAGACCCUCCUCCCUUUGGGGGACGCUGUGCCAAAGUCCUGUAGUUUGUGAUACCCAGAGGGGACAAUUUAGUACAGCAUCUAAUCCUGACUGCAGUCUGAAGCAGGACUUGAACUGAUCAGACUUUUGCUGUGUUUCUAAAUAAUCAAUCUUGGGUUUUUUCAAUGCUUUAAAUUCUUUAGCAUGAUCUUAACUGCUUGUCUGAGCUGGAAGUGGUUCUGUAGACUAAGGAAGUAAUGAACUACAGUGACCAGAACUGACUCAAACAGCUCAUAGGGGCUCCAGUGCUCGAUCCCUGCCCUCCUACAGUAUUCCAGCCAUAUUCCCCAGGAUGCUUCUGGUUGUGCUGGGUCAGGUGAGGACAGAGGUGGGCAGCAAACUGUUUGAGUACUGAGCUAGGACAAUGGAGAAAUACAGUUUCCUUCUGCUACCACAGACAGCAUCAAGAGCUUUGGACUAGGGAUUUAGUCUUCUCCUGUCUUGGUUUCCCAAGGAAAAGGAAAAGGAAAUAUCUUCUUGCUUGAUGCAUCUUUUCCAAUGUUCUUCUAGGGGAGGGAGGGCAUGUCUAGAAGCCCACUCAUUUUACCUUAUCUGCAUUCCUUUAAGUCUACUUUAGUUUUAAUACUGACUUAAGUGAGCGAGACUGGGGCCCUGAAUCUUUAUGACAAAUUCAUCCUGAAGGCAAGAAUUGUUUGACUGUGCCUGUAUGGCACCUGGCACAAGAGAUCUGAUCUUGAGAGACUCAAAACUACAAACCCCACUGAUGUGUCUACUGCUGUUUAUGGUGUCCCUUAAUUAUUUUUGAAAUAAAGCAAAAUUUCAAUAAAAUUAUGCACAAUUA